UAUUCUACUCAAUUUUUCAUAAAAUACAAUGAUUUUCUAGUGAAAAUUGACGAUUCAUGUCAUUUGCAUCUAGAAAUACGGAUUUGCGCUUUUUUAGAGAAUAUGUUUCUCGUGAGAACUCGAAAGGAUUUCAACGUGCGGUAUAGCUAAUUCUCGAAAAAAGAAUAUAGCUUUUAAUCAGGAAAACUCAGAAAUUAGGGGAUCUCAGGGAAAAAGAAGAAGAGAAAUUUUUGUCAUGUCAUUAAGUUAGCAAAAAAAACAAUAAUAAGUAUCAUAUAAUCGUUCCCAGACAUCACUGGGAAGUACGUACUGAGUCAGUCUACUGCACUCUGUAUUAUACACUAUCUAAUUUAGCAUUGUUACUGAAAAAUUAAUCUGUGUCUUUUACCUACUUAAGGAUGUAAGAGUACACCAACCUGGUAUCAAGUUUCCCACCAAGAAAGUGCAAACUAUAGGAUAAUGGAAACUGUUCAAAGUCGAUUGUUGAAGCAUUAAAAAAGUUACUUUUGACCAUGACUGUGUACAGAGCAAGAGAAAAUGCUCGGAGUCAUAGGCAAUGUGGGUUUUUCUAAAAUUGCAUUUCAAAUCAGAGUAGAUACCUGGCUUAAUAAAGUUUGCGCGAAUAAAAAACGUUUUCAUUUAACCUGUAACUGAUUAAAUUCCCAAACCAUAACAGCAAAACGUUUAAACAAAGUAAACAGUAAAAAAUUUCAAAGGAAUUAUAGUGCUGCUCAAAGAGAUUACCUAUCUCCGUAGUCUAAGCGGAUGUCAAGGAGGUCGACCUCAUCAUCGAAGGACCUUAAAAAUCAUCUUAUCAAAGUAUUUUAUAGUGACAAAAAUGUUGGGGUGCAAAGCUUGAUUUUUUCAAAUUGAUCCUAUUAUAUUAUUGGAAACCGGAGCGAUAGAGACGGAACGUAGAGAGAGAGAAAAAGUUAUUAGGUUCAGAGUAUACAUGAACAAAAUGAGGUUUGGGCGCAACCAUUCCGCGCUCUGGGGGGUGUCCGCUUCGUGCCGCGCUACUGCUUUUUUGCCGGGUGCGGCGAUCUUCCCGAAGAAAUUACUCAUGCCAUGAAUUGGAAAAUUAACUACGUUUGAUGCUUGAUAAUCUAUAUUGGGAUUCCAAUUAUCUGGAAAUGUAAUUUCGCACACGUAAAAUUUGAAUUUUUGAAAAUGUUGGUCAGUCGCGGCAUUUGUAAUUACUGUUUUUCCUUUUAAUUAGUUCAAAAAUGAGUGUUGGGAACGUAGAACUUUCCUAGAAACCUCUUAAAAGAACGGAAAUAAACAAAAAGAAAGUGUAUUGUCGUUUAUUAUUAAAAACUAGGACCCAAAAGCGGUAAAACGGGCCGAGUAUGAUAGGCGUCAACUAUUUUAAUUGAUUUCUGUCGACAUGGGAACCGUGUUUAAUUUUUUGCGUGUAAAAAGGGCUUACGAAAUCGUUGGAUUUUCUCAAUUGUUGUAAAAUUGAGUUUCGCUUACGUAAUGAAAAAAAAUUUCAAGACACUGUGGGAUGGAAAGCUACGUCACUAUUGUAGGUCACGUGACGUACCGUUAGACGCCAUAUUGGCAGUUUAGUGUGAUGCUAGGGGUUAGCAAUGUGUGUUUAAGUUUCUCCGGACUAUUAUAAAAUAAUAAAAAUUCUAAUUAUUUAUAGCUUGUCCAUUGCAAGCCCCUGAGCACAUUGUUUUAAUACCUUUAAGUGUCGUCAGUUUUGAAUAUCCCGGGUUUAUGUGUAUUCAGUUCGGCUAUUUACGACGAUUGUCACAGAGUUUAUUGGUGGUACAGAUGUUCUCUGUUUCUUUCGACUGGAAUCCCAUGUGCUAUGGCGGGAAUUAAAACAAAUUAAACAAUUUAUGAUUAAUUGGCUAUGGCAGCUGUAGCAGAUAUGGGGGAAGUGGAUGAAGUUCAUUUAAAAGAUGAAGGUUCUGUUGUAACUAAUGGUGAUCUACCAAAUGAUGUAGAUAUGGAAACACAUGACAGUCAGGAUAGCAUGAAAAAAUCCAAUGUAACCAACCCAAUGGAAGUCGAUGAGCUGGAGACCUCAGAAACCAAAGAGACACAAGAAACAGCUAGCACAACUGAAGACAGCACAGCUGAAGAGAAUGAAAAUACUGGUGAAGAAGAUGGAAACACUGGUGAAGAGAAUGAAAAUGCAACAGAGGAAAAUGAAAAUUCAGUCACAACAGAAAACCCAUCUGAAUUGAAUGAAGAUGAGAGUAGCCAGGAUACAAAAGCCAGUGAACAAGAUGGUAGCGAGGUUGAAAAAUCCAAAAUAAACCAGGGUGAUGAUAGUGAGAAAGAGCAAGAUGGUGAGGAUAGUGAUAGAGAAAAUGAACACUCUGAUAGUGAUAGAGAAAAGGAUCAGAAUGAGAGUGAUAAAGAGGAAAAGGAAGAAGGAAGUAUUGAAAAUAAGGAUAGUGAAGAUAGGUUAGAUGACAAAAAUACUGAUAGGAUAGAUGAAGAUAGUAAUAAGUUAGAUGAAGUUAGCAGUAAGCAUGAUGCAGAAGAUAGCAAUCAUAAAAUAGAGUCAGUUAAUGCAGAUGAUGAAAUCCACGAGAUUGAAUCUGAUGAUGAUGAAGAUGGUAACAAAAUGGAAGAGGAUCCCAUAGAGCUGAAUGAUUCAUGUGGCGAGGAUGACGGUGAUGUGAUGAUCGUGGAUACGCCAAAAGAGAACGGUACCGAAAACGAAGUGGUCGAGUUGGCUUCCACCCCCGAGAAAGAAAAGGAGAAAGAGUCCGCGCCGGCGAUCACUCCAAGGCGGAGCUCCAGGAACCUGAACAAGAACAAAAGUUACGUGGAGAGCGAUAAAGAAGAGGAACCGUCUCCGGUGCCUUCGCCACAGAUCUCAGAGGAAUCGGACAUCGAAGAGGUCAUGCCUGAAGAUCCCCUCGCUGAUUCUGUUACAAUCGAAAAGAUACCUGUAGACAAAAGUCGACAUCCGACCAGCACCAAAGCAUCGACGAUAGUGGUGAAGGACACGAAACGAUUGGUGGAGAUUGCUUCAAAAUCGAACAAUGUUACUGCCGAGAAGAAUAAACCUACCCUGGUGAUCAUAGACACUAACUCGAUUUUGUCCGGUAGAGGGCCAGUUCCGGUGAACAGUUCCAGGUCGCAGCCUCAAUCGCAGCCACCACCGUUGACGAGUACGACAGGGUACCCGACGACAAUGUUGCCUAUGGCGUUACCUGCUCAGGUGAGUUCCAUUCCAUUUAUUUCAUUCAUGCUAAUACAAUAAAUUGUUUACAAUCGUCAUAACACGUAAAAAGAAUCUUAUCAUAUAGCAUAAUAAUAAUAAUAAUAAU